UUUUGCUGAAUGCACAGCUCAAAGCAAAAACUUUAUAAUGAUAAGAAUUAAGUUUUUAUCAGAAGACUGAAUCAGCGUAACGGUAAUUGUGCUAAUGUUUUUUGUUUACGUAGCAACAUCUAAAGCUGAGCGUACGUUAACGGCGACGUGAUUCGCUUCAAAUGUUAACUAACUUCAAGUUAACUGCGCAAUUUUAAAAUGCUAAACGACCGAAACGUCGUAUUUAAACGUGAAACAAUACGACGUGAAACCAUGUUAACGAAUUACAAUCGUGUAAUGUGUCGAUAUCAUGAAAACUCAACGGUGUAACGACGUGGUUACCAAUGGAGACGGGAGACGCCUAAUCAGAUUUAGCUAACGUUAGCUAGCUCGCUAUCUACUCUGGGAUUAACGCUUCAAUAUGGCUACAAAGCUGAAAGGCAAAUCGUCCAAAAGUUUAUUUGGAGAUGACGAUUUACUUGACAGCUUAUUUGAUGAUGAAAAAUUCCCAGUAAAGGGGAAAGGAACUCGCAGUGGACCCUUGAAUCGCUCAUCUGCCACUGAUAACAUCUUCAGUAUGCUAGCGGAGGAAGUAAAGAGGGAUGGCGGGGAAUCUGAGGACUCCGAUGUCUCAGCUGCAGAUCCCAACGACAUACUGAAGAACAUGAAGGACAUGGACGAUAUGGAUGCUGACCUUUUUGCAUCAAAGAAAAAGCCGAGUUCAGCUCCCGCGCAAACAAAGCCGUUCAGUAACGGAGGGCCAAAGAAAGACUCUUCCACGUUUGAAAGUAAAAUAAAACCAGAGGGAGCAGAUGAACCCACCACAGGAGGGAGGAAGCCAAACUCUGCACCUCCGUCUACAGCUCAUAACUACAAGAAGUUAAUUUUUUCUGACAGUGGUGGUGAUGAUGAAGGUCUUGGUCAGACACCCCACAUUAAAGAUCCAGAUGACCUCCUUGCUGAUUUAGAUGACCUGCUUCCAGAUGAAACCAAGCCCGAACCGAAAUCUAGCAGACAGCCGGCCAAACCUGAAAAAUCUGCACCAUCUCCCUCAGCAUCUCCUAUCCUAAAGACUGAAACAUCAAAAAAACGAAGGGAUCUCACAUUUGAUGACGAUGAUAAGGAUGACCUAAUGGAUGCCCUCGGAUUUGACAGCGAUAAAAACACUUCAAAGAAAAAAGACAGUUUGCUUUGGUCCAACAAGGAAAGGAGUGGGACCCCUCAGAGACCUCUUACGGCAGUUGAUGGGAUUCUGGAGAGCUUGACUUCAUCUCGUCUCCUGGAGCGACCUCCUACGGGCGAAAAGAAAGACCAGCCUCAGUCUCAAGAAAAGCAGCAAAAAGAGAAGACCUCUGCUGUGAAAGAAUCACUUUUUGAAGAUGACCUCACAUUUGGCUCCUACCAGCCCACAUUGGGAUCCACAUCUGAAGGACGCAUGUCCCGCAGACAGUCUGUCAGAUUUUCUACAGAGGAUGUCAGUCCCUCUACCCCAGAAAAGAGAACAAAACCUGCCACCCCCUCCUUACGACACCGCAACUCAGCUGACUGGCUCGGCCUCAAGACCAAUGACGACCUCACCUUUCUAGAGGGUGAUACCAAAGAAAACAAGACUUCAUCGGAGACUCCAAAGGCUCCUGGAUCUCCUUCAUUAGAGAGAAGACCCUCUCUGACGGGUAGCAAUGCCACGUCUGCUGCGAAAAUAGCAGCAGAUAACCCAGCCCCGACUGAUAAAAUCACCAAACAAACCAAACCAGAGGUCUCUAAAAGCCAGAAGAGAGAAGAGGAGGAGGACGACUGGUUAGCAGGAGCACUGAGCAGGAAGAAGACUCUGUCAGUGCCAAAGUCUGAUUCAAAAACAUCCAAGCAGGAAGACUCUCUGGGCCUAGGAGAAGAAGUGGAUGUGGAGUCAAUAUUAAGUAAACAAGUCACUUCACAAGCUCCCAGGGGCAGAGAGGAGUCUCUUCCAUCUGUCAAGGAAACCAGCAGCACUUUUCUUGGACAGCCCAGCCCUGCUGCUCACUCCACUCCUGUCAGAGAGACAAGAACCAAGCAAGAUACCAUUCCUACUUCCCCCUCAACUCCACCACAGUCCCCUUCUUUCAUUAGAGAGCACACACCCACCACUCAACCGCAGCUCCCCUCAACCCUAACAUCCUCCUCAGCAACCGCUCCGCGUGCUAAAUUAGACCUCGGACAAACUCUGCAUUCGUCUCCUCCUUCAGAUUUCCCUCCUCAAGUUACUGGUCCUUUGUCGGCCUCUGCUGCUAGUGUUAGCCUCACCCAACCCCAGCCUCAGUCCCCACCCCACCACCUAUCAUCCAACAAGGGAUCCGGGGUGCCGAUUGGACCCGGUCAAGCUUCGACUGAAACCAUGCAACAGCUUUCGUCUCUCAACCCCAUCUCUGCUAUACUGCCUGGCUCAGUGUGGCCUGCUCCACAGCAAAACAUAUCAACUGCUGUCCAACAACAGGUGACACUGUCAGGAGACAGUCUGCAGCAGCUGCUUCUACAACAGCAGAUGAUGCAGUCUCAGCUGCUGGGUCUCGGGGGUGUUGUGGACACAGGCGUCCUGCAGAGACUCAAAGACAAAGAGCAGCCACCUGAUUAUCAAGUGUUACAGGCUCGGAUCAUCCAGCUGGAGGGACAGGUAAAGACGCUGCAGCUGGAGCGAGACCAAAGCCAAAUGUUGCUAGAGUGUGUCCAACAGCGGCAUAAACAAGAUAUGGAACUCAUGGAGAACACACACAAGACUCGAGUGAAGCUUCUCGAGGAAUCAGCAGCCCAGAGGGAGACACAAGCGCGACAGGAGUGCGAAGAUCUAAUGGAACGCCUGGCCGCAGUGACACGAUCGGCCGAGCAGGAACGCUCAGAGCUGCAGGCUCAGUACCAACGCAAACUGGCCCAGGCCCAGCAAGACAGAGACCGAGAGGUGGAGAGACUCAGAGAACUCCAGAGGAAAUCUAUCUUGGAGAUGAAGAAAGACCACGAGGACCACAUUGAGAGACUGAAGAAACUGAAGGAGGAGGAAAUUUACGCAGUUACAAGCGCAACGUCUCAGACCAGAUCUCUUAAAGUAGUGAUCGAGCAGAUGGAGCAGUUCUCUUCUCGGCUGGGGGAUCUUUCGUCUCGGGUGGAGAGCACACAUGAACACACGGCUCACGGCCUGGAGGAGGGGGCACGGCACAGAGAUGAGCAGCUUCGAAGGAUGCAGGACCGUCUGACCCAGCAGCAGAAAGCCAUGGCUGAGGAAAGAGCGUACCUGAAGGAAAUCAUUUCCAGGAUGGACACUCAGCUCAACGAGCAGCAGAGACAGCUCGAGAAGGAGCGCUGGAAGAUGACAGCAGAGCAGGCCAAGGCAGAGUCUACCCAAAGAAGCCUGGAGGGAGAGCGAAACGCCUUCAGCAUGCAGAUCAGCAUGGAAAGAGAGGAGCUGGAGAGAGCUAAGAGUGCACUGCUGGAGGAGCAGAAGUCGGUGAUGCAGCACUGUGCAGAGGAGAGGAGGAAGCUGGCAGCUGAGUGGGCCCACUUCCACGCGAUGGAGAAACAGAGGCAUGAGAGGGCUGAACGGGAGGUCAGCAGCCUCUUAGAGAAGAGAGAAGGCUCCAUAAUCAGUCUGGCACAGGAACAAGCCGACUUAAAGCUCCACACUGCAGAGCUGAAACAGAAGGAGAUGGCUGUGGCUCAGGAGAGAGAGACUCUGGACAGACUGAGAGAAGACGUGGACAGAGAGAAAGAGAGAAUAAGCAGCACGGCUGUGAGACUCAAGACACGAGCCCAGGAGGUGGAGGCCUUCAGCAAGCUCGCUGCAGAGAAGUACGAGGAAGGAGAACGAGCGUUGCAGGAGGCGAAACGUGUGGAGGCUGAGCACGAGGCACGGCUCAGAAAUAUCCAUGCUCAGACUGAGCGGCUGAGGCAGCAAGAACAGCGAAUCCUUCAGGAGCGAAUGCGGUUAAAUCAUCUGCAGGAGGACACAGAGAGGCUGAGACCAGUCGCUCCAAUUUCCUCUUUACCAAAAACAAUUCCACCUAUUUUACCAGAUGCAGGUUCGGUGUUGCCAAACCCAGAGCUGACAUCAACCCUGAAUGUUACUCCAACUACUUUUAGUGCCAACUCUCAGUCCAUGGCUCUUCAGGCCAGUCUGGCUCUGUGGAGGUACACUGCAGAAAAGGAUCGUGAAUACCUCGAAGAACAGCAGACCUUCUUGGAGAAUUUGAAGAAGAAAUCUUACAGAUCCACUUUCAACACAGAUUGA